GCGCCUUCCACCAUGUCAAUCUCCGUUCGUUGUUGAUCGUCGUUGUGGUCCUGCUAUGUCUGCUGUGGAACCGAACGCACCGGAGACGCGCAUGCGCGUUAUUCAACGGUAAAGCGCGAGGGAAAGUUCAAUAUUUCAUCCUAUUAUACAUCCUUUUUUUUGUUGUUACGUCAUGGGCGUGCACAAGCCUGUUUCGCAGCCCUUCGCGGGAACAACAAGCGUGUUUCUAGUGCUACUUUCUCAGCAUAUCCUCGCUAGUGCAGUUUCCGAUAUCGUGAACAACUCACGAAACCGAUCCGUUCCGUAUGCACUAAUACGUCACAACCAAAUUCCCAUCUUCACCAACACCAGCAACGUUCAGCCAAAAACCGAAUUACGAUACUUUUCCGAUAUUAACGGUCUCCCAAGCAGUAGCUCCAGGAGGGUAAUGAGGGGUGGUGGUGGGGGUGGCGGAGGUGGCGGAGGUGGCGGAGGUGGCGGAGGUGGCGGAGGUGGCGGAGGUGGCGGAGGUGCUGGGGGUGGCGGUGGCGGUGGCGGUGGCGGUGGCGGAGGCGGAGGCGGAGGCGGAGGCGGAGGCGGAGGCGGAGGCGGAGGCGGAGGCGGAGGAGGAGGCGGAGGCGGGGGAGGCGGUGGUGGUGGUGGUGGGGGGUGGCGGAGGAAUGCGGCCCAAGGCGACUUUCAGGGGGUUCAGACCGCUCGUGUAUCCCGUUUACGAUGAGGAUCAUGAAUACGGGGAUUAUAUCGAGGAAUGGGACAAGAACGAUUUCAAGAAGGCAGACAGUAGACGUGCCUCAAUAGCGAUACUCCUCCUCACUGUGAUCGGCACUAUCUCUUGGCUCCUACUUGGGUAAUAACCGUCGCAAAGACUAGGUGAUGAACUUCGUUGCUGCUGGGGGAACAUUCCCCGCCAUUGUUUUCAUAGCCUGCCACGUGGCGUCAGCUGACGAACGGAUCGCACAAGUCGAUAUUUUUUCCCAUGAGCAGGACUCUGUUUCGCCGAUGAAUGCGGGGGCGAUGUGCCGGACACGCCGACGACUGACCGAUGCGCGCCGUGAGAGGCGGAGAGGUUUAGGGGAGUCACUCCCCAGCACGGUGCUGGCGGGUGAGACAUGCAGCUACGUAGGCAGGCAUGCGCGGAGAUUGGCGGCGCCUCGCGGAGAGCUAUGGGUGAAGGGGAAGUCCGCGCAUGCGUGGAAGCGAAGGUCUACACGAAUUGGCGCGAAUAUUCAGGUCGAAGUCGUAGAAGAAAGGCCAUGCUUGGGCCCGAAGUACAGAUUUUACGAAGGGUUGUUUCACAUGUUUUACGUUUCGACACGAUAUCUACACAAAUGUGACUACAGUA